AUGGCGGUCCAGGCGCUCACGGCAUCGUACCUGUCGACGUCGACGUCCAAAAAGUUCGCGCACGACUUGCCAAAUCUGCCACACGAAUCAAAAGCACAGGACGCAGAAGGAAAGACAGCUUAUCUGUCUGCGCUGCGAUCCAAUAGUGCGAAGAUGCAGGCGGACAUCAACACCUUCCUGACUGCGUGUAUGGAUCAUGACAAAGCGGCGGAAAACAGCAAGUCAGUCCGUGAUGCGCGACGGGACGAGGAAAAAGAGGAAGAAAUGUACGGUGAGGAAGACCCGGAAGCUGACGGUUAA